AGCUGGGGUGUCGCCUGGUGGAGGACCCGGCUCACCCUGCGCGCCGCCUGCACUGGCAUUUGACUUCUAGACCCAACAUGAGUGACAAUUCCUGCAAGAAACGAGAUGACUAUCUGGAAUGGCCUGAAUAUUUCAUGGCGGUGGCCUUCUUAUCAGCCCAAAGAAGCAAGGAUCCAAGUUCCCAGGUUGGAGCCUGCAUUGUGAAUACGGAAAACAAGAUCGUUGGGAUUGGGUACAAUGGAAUGCCAAAUGGGUGCAGUGAUGACCUGUUGCCUUGGAGGAGAACAGCAGAAAACAAGCUGGAUACUAAAUAUCCCUAUGUGUGCCAUGCUGAACUGAACGCCAUCAUGAACAAGAAUUCGGCUGAUGUGAAGGGCUGUAGUAUGUACGUCGCCUUGUUCCCGUGUAAUGAAUGUGCUAAGCUCAUCAUCCAAGCAGGUAUAAAAGAAGUUAUUUUCAUGUCGGAUAAAUACCAUGACAGUGAAGAGACAACAGCUGCUAGGCUCCUAUUUAAACUGGCUGGGGUUACGUUCAGGAAAUUCACACCGAAGCACAGCAAGAUUGUCAUUGACUUUGAUUCAAUUAACAGCCAACCGAGUCAGAAGCUCCAGUGAGUCCCGUCUCGUUAAAUCUACAGAAGAAGGGUCCUCUCCUCUAAGCCGCCACCAGUACCUUUCAUCUUGAAGUUGUACAUAACUUUUUAAUAGCAGGUGCAGCACACGUAGACAUCUAAAGAAGAUGUAUAAAAUGUCAAAUCUUCUUUACUGUCCCUACUGACACAUGGAUCUACAUCUGUUCAAGCUGUUGAUUUAGUUUGAUUGAGAAACUAAGGGCCUGCCCACAGGGCAGGAGUGAAGGUCUCUCCACC